AUGGCUUCUCCAGCCAUCAAGAAAGCAAUUUCCGAGGCGGCGUCGCAGUACCUGAAACCUGAAGGAAAGGUCUUCCAGUAUGGCACUGCUGGGCAACCACCCCUGGAAGGAUUGAUCUGCCCCGCCUCCACAUACCCCGCGAUCGCCCCUGGUUGUUUACACUUUCGCCAACGUCUUAUCUCCAGUGACCUCCUCAACACCGUCGUCUUUUCUGUUGGUUUGCUUGCCGGUCUGCGGUCCAAGAAACUUAGUGGACAAUGGGUUGGUGUGAUGGUGACGGCCAGUCACAACCCCGCCGAAGACAAUGGCGUCAAGCUGGUCGAUCCAAUGGCUGAAUGGGAGGCUUACGCAACCAAGCUCGCUAAUGCUCCUUUGGACAAGGUCGCCGAUGUGUAUGAAGAGCUUAUCAAGGAAAUCGACGUCAGCAUGGAGAACCCUGCCCGUGUCGUCUUUGCCCGUGAUACCCGCGCUUCUGGCUCGCGCCUCGUCAGCGUCCUCAACUCGGCCCUCGCCGCGACGGAGGUCGAAUUCCAGGACCUCAAGUUCAUGACGACUCCUCAGCUCCACUAUGUCGUGCGUUGCAAGAACACCAUCGGUACACAGUAUGAAUACGGCGAGCCCUCGGAACAGGGCUAUUAUGAGAAGCUCGCCGAGGCCUUUAAAAGAGUGAUGCGGGGUGUCAAGGUCAAGGGCACCUUGACUGUCGAUUGCGCGAACGGUGUCGGUGGACCCAAGCUGAGGGAACUCAUCAAGUACCUGCCUAGUGCGGAGCAAGGCGGAGUCGAUAUCAAGGUCGUCAAUGACGAUGUUAUCAACCCCGAUAAACUGAACUACGAGUGCGGUGCCGACUACGUCAAGACCAAGCAGCGCGCCCCUCCCUCUUCUAAGGCGUCGGUCCUCGAUCGCUGCGCUUCUCUCGACGGUGACGCCGACCGUCUUAUCUACUACUUCAUGGACGAGGGCAACGUUUUCAGGAUGCUGGAUGGUGACCGGAUCGCCACCCUUGCUGCCUCUUUCAUCGGUGACCUUGCUCGGAGUGCUGGAAUCGCUCAGAAGCUCAAGAUCGGUGUUGUUCAGACAGCCUAUGCCAACGGAGCCAGCACGGAUUACAUCGAGAAGGUCCUGAAGCUGCCUUCCGUCUGUACCAACACUGGUGUGAAGCAUCUCCACCACGCUGCCUUGCGUUUCGACGUUGGCGUCUACUUCGAGGCCAACGGUCAUGGCACUAUUACUUUCUCGGAGAACGCCCUGAAGACGAUCAAAAGCACCGAGCCUCAGUCUCCGGCCCAGCAACGCUCCCUCGAGUGCCUGAACGCCUUGACUGACCUCAUCAACCAGGCGGUCGGCGACGCCCUCUCGGACAUGCUUCUCGUUGAAGCUAUCCUUGCCCACAAGUGCUGGACCCCAAAGGAGUGGCUUGCCACCUACACCGACCUCCCAUCGCGGCUAGUCCGUGUGGAGGUUGCUGACCGGUCGAUCUUCAAGGCCUACGAUGCCGAGCGCAAGCUCGAGUCACCCCCCGGCCUGCAGGCCAAGAUCGAGUCUCUGCAGUCUCGCUACAACAAGGGACGGAGCUUCGCGCGUGCCAGUGGCACUGAAGAUGCCGUGCGUGUGUAUGCGGAGGCCGCUAGCCGGUCGGAGGCUGAUGACCUUGCCACUCGCGUUGCCAAUGCUGUUUCUGAAGCUGGCAGCAUCAAGGAGAUCCUGCAGUCUUGA